AGCAGAGGGGGCUGCUCGCCAAAGCAUCUUAAUUCACUCUUCUUCUACUAACUACGUGCUCGAGAAAGUUAUAGAGAGAACUGCUGUGGAAGACUCGUCCAGAAGCUAGCAAGUGUUAAGUGAAUCCACAACAUCACCACAAACGUCUUUUCAAGCCAGAGAUUGGAGAGGAAGGAGAAGGGAAAAUGAAGGGAGUAAAAAGAGUGAAGCAAGGAGAGUGUAGAAGAGUGAGGUGGAAAGGUGAAGAGAAGGAAGAAAAGAGGAGGGAUCAGGAAGACAAUUGGAGGAGAAGAAAAAGUUGAGAGUAAGAAGAGUGACACAAGGAGAGUGAAGAGCAGACAGAGGAGAUACAAUGACUCUUUCCAAGAAACGGAAAUGCACUUAUGAAAAACAUGAGAAAAUGUCCAUUUAUACGCUCAGGUCAAGACGAUAGAAUGGUUCACUGCACCCUUUGUAAUUCCUCUCUUUCAAUUGGCAGCCGGAGAAGAACGGCAGUGUAAAGUCAUCCCAAAAUGUAACCUGGAAAACAUUCUUCUCUGCCGACAACAAAUACCAACUUUGGAGGACUGAAUAGGAUGGGGAGGGUCAAUGUCCAUACCAAAGUUAAAAAUGUUCAGCAGCGGGGUGAUUGGCUUAGGUGGUCCUGCCCACAUCAUUCAUAACACGGCCAGAACAGCUUUGGAUAUGAUGUUGAGUACCUGCUCACAAAGAUAUUUGGAUAUGUUCAUAUUUUCACUGUCAGAGUAGAGAGACUGAAAGCCUUUUGUGAGUUUGUUGACCAGGAGUACCAUAACAUUUUAGGACACAGCAAUGUUCGCUGGCUGUCCAUGCUCCCUGCUCUAGAAAGAGUGCUGAAAAGGUAUGUGCCAUUGAAAUCCUUUUUACUUUCUGAAGACAAAUGCCCUGUUGUCCUGCAAACAAUGUUCGAAGAUCCACUGACUGAACUUUAGCUGGCCUUUGUCCAUGGAAACCUGACCAUAUUCAGUGGCACGAUCAAGAUGCUUGAAGGCCAGGACCGCUGUGCGGUGGAGUCAGCUACAAUUCUGAGAAACGUUGAGGCAAAAUUGACUGUAAGACGUGAUGACAACUUCAUUCCAGUUUGUCAGAGGACUUCUGAGAGAGCUAGAGGAAAAUGGAGCCAUGUCUAAAGAGAGCUUUCUCAAAACAUCCCAAUCGUUCUUCACUAUGGCUGUGAACUACUUGCAAGCAUGGGGAAAGCACACAGAUAAUCUAAAAGAUUUACAUCGUCUCCUUUUAAAAAGGCAACCUCGGCGUGAAGAGAUCCAGAAGGCAGCAGGCACACUGCAGGAAAAAUACCCCAAUGUGACCAUCAAUGAGGAGGCCUUGUGUGACAAGGUUACUGGCCUGCAAGAGUUCCUAAAGGGGGGAUCGCUUGAAGAAUGGAAAACGUCUGAGACACCGCUUAGUCAGAGAUGGAGCAUAGUGGUUAUACACUUCAAAGAGAAUGACAUCCCGCACCCUAACCUGGCUAGAUUAGCGUCUGUUGACAUGUGCUGGAAGUAAUGCACCAGUCGAGAGAGUGUUCUCCCAAAUAAAUGCUCUAUGGACAGCAGCAAGAAAUAGGUUCACUGUUCCUACCAUCAAGGCCAUGCUUAUUGUGAAGACAAACUUCAACCUCCCCUGCCAGGAGUUCAUGGAGAAGCUGGCCAAAGACAGAGCAAUCCUGAAGAAAAUUCAUUCUUCUGAGAAAUAUACAUAUUAGGUUGGUAUAAGUAUAUUAUGUAGUUACCAAUCUCAUCAGCAUCUUAUUUCUUUAUUACAUUGUAAAGCAUUUCACAUAGACUAUUGUCUGUUUUUUCAAUUUUGCUCAUGAUCUCUUCUGCUCUUAGUCUUCCCAGACUACCAGGACCACUGAAUGGCUAUUCAGGUCGGACAGUUCUGUCUUGUCUGUAGUGUUUCUGUAAUAUAGUUGUUUUCUCUAUCACAGUGUGCCUGUUAGACUAAAUACACAAAACUGGAAUUGUCCCCCUUUUUUAUUUCAUAGAUGAUAACAUUGGAUAUUUUAAUUAUAUAUUGACCGCCGUACUGGAAAUGUCCCAGGUUUUAAUUUCAGAAAUCUGGUCACCUUAACCUAACUACAAUAGCUAACUAGGUAGGUCACCCUCUGUUUUCCUGUGUGAUUAAUGUUACACUCGCUGACAUGCUAUCCAGCUGCUGGACAAACAAAAGUAGCUAUCUGUUCAAAUCGGUGCUCUGUAACGGUACUCUUGAUAGUGUGUCUAACAUUAGUAUACACAACUGACUGAGUGUACUAGCCUGUUAUUGUUGACACUAACCGUGGUACUACCCUUACUUAUUUGGUUUCCAGAGAUAAAAAAACGCUUCUAUGCGAGAUUGUGAAGGGCCCACUUCGACAAGGCCAAGGAUUAGAAGGACAUGGUCAAAGCCACUAUGAUGCAGGAGAGGAGGAAAUCUGGUCUAACCAACACACACAGCCUUACCUCUUCCCUGACUCUCCAGGAGGAACUUCCUAUGAAAGAUAUGAAAUGUACAAGGUCCCUGAAUGGUGUCUAGAUCACUGGCAUCCCUCAGACGGCCAUGUAUCCUACUUUGCCAAGAGGGAGCAGUGGAAGAACCUGCGAGAACAGAGCUGGGACAGAGAGGUCCAGGAGCUGCAGGGAGUGACCCCUGCCAUUGGGCCCAAGUCGGAGGCCUUACCCCCAGUCCACAAGAACUGCGACCUGCCCCCUCUGUGGUGGCAGUACGCCACCCGCCCCAGGGAGCGUCCCGUCUUUCAGCCCCCGGAUGACACUACCUGGUAAUAACAGCAAAUGGCAGCUCACCACAGUACCUUCUACCACACAACAGCAUGCAGAUUCCCCUCCUUGUGAAUUACUGUCCCUCUGUAAAGAUAUUUAUCUAAUGGAAUAGUUUUGGAAGAGGUUGCAGUAAGCUUUGUCAGAAGGUAUUCCACCCUGCCUGAAUUGACAGUAAUUAUUUAGUUGUAAAAGCAGGUGACUUUCAAAUGUACUGUAGCUGUUAUUUGCCCUGUACAAGGACCUCUGUUUAAAUAAAUUAGUAUAAUUAUUGGGAAA